AUGGAGACACAAACAUUUGUGCAUAUAGUGGAGAACUGCAGUCAAGAUGCUUCCGUUGUGGUCAGGAUCACUGAGCAUGUGUUGCACACACUCCACGAAGACAGCGCCAUGAUUACCAAUGCAUACCUGCGACAGGACAACGCAGGGUGCAUUAGGCGUCAGGAUUGCCAUGGUCUUUGUGACCCACAUGUAGAAUGGGAUGGCAUCAGCCGCCAGAACAAUUUUGAGUACACCGACAGAAAAAUUACCGUGUGGGAAGCCUAUGGUGUAGGAAUCGGCAGGAUAAUGCAACAAUGCGACACAUGGGGUUAGUAUGUGCUCCAAAAUUAGAAGUUACUAGCGACCGGCUUCUCAAACAAACAAUUUCAAAAAUGUCUCAGUUUUAUCCUUGCAACAUUACCAAUGUUCAGUUAAUACAAUGACAAAAAAGUUUCAAGUACAUCAAUGGAACUUUUGGGGGGAGGGCUGUUUUGUUUGAAUAAUAGCCCAGUAUUGCAUGUCUGUUAACUCUGUGUAUUUCGUUUGUUUUGCCAUUAUAGCUCAGCCACUUCAGGAUACAUUUGAUGCUCCAUUUACACCUGGUGGUUUUGUGCAUAGUUCAGCCAAGAAGCAUCGCAAGGAGACUGUAUGCAGUGGCCCUUCAGGGUCUUAGCUAGAGGGCCGUGUUGGCCGUGUUAUCGCGGCCAAAAGUGGAAAAACACGGCUAGAUAAAAUGAACGCGGCUUCAUUAUUUAUAUAAGGCCGCGUGUAGGUUCAUAAAAUAAGGUGCAACAGUACUUACAACAGACAGAAUUUCUUCCAAUUUACGUCGUAAGAAAGCUUGUAAAAUCUACUGUUGUUGUUGAAAUUGGCAAAAGUGAUCCGUGAUGUUUUAAUGUUUUGAUGGAUAAUAGGAACUGUAUGGUGUUAAAAUGGUUUUAAAUACCCCCAAGAGUUGCUAAAAUAACUUAAUAUUUUAAUGUCACUGCGCAAUAUGAGCGUAUGCUCGCCUUGUAUUUGGUUGCAAAGCAUAGAACAACCACAGGCAUUGUCUGUUAUUGGCGAGCGUAACUAGAACCGUGAAUUUGGUUAUUCAAGGUAAUUGACAUGUGCACACCCUGGUCAUUAGAAACACGCCCAAGAUCUAAAAUCCUAGCUAAGACCCUGUGGCCCUUCACAACACAAAGAGCAUAUGGUGGAUGGCCUGUUCCAGUGCAGCAACGAAGGAUGCGUGAAGGUCUACCAGACUAACGCUGCCUUAGAGAAUCACUUGCAAUUUGGCACCUGUGACCUCAGAGGAGAGAAUGCCACUCUCAUGGACCGGGCAAAAAAGCUCUAUCACCACAAGCUCAUUGAAGGCACCAGCAGCACAACACUGGUGGAGGAGACCAAGGAAUGACAACCAUCAAAGGAUCCAUUGACUAAAGGCUGCGCACUAAAGAGCACGAGGACAUCGAAGUGUUUCAACGAAUUUCAACGAUCCUGCUUGGAUGGCAAAGUCGUAAUCGGUCAGGAGACCGGCCAGAAACUAGAUGCCGCUGCUGAUGCCAAAGAAAUGCGCUAUGUUAAGAAGAAAGACAGAACAAGGAUGUUCGAAGCGGAAGAGUUUCUAACUGAAACUCAGAUCCGGGGCUAUUUCUCCAGACGGGCAGCCAAAUUGUGA